AUUGAGGGAAUCGCUGAGACGAAUCAUACUAAGUUGUGAGUUCUAAACAACAACCAUGGUUACCAAAUUUGCUUUAGUUGCACUUUUGUGCCUUACUGGUGCUAACUGCUACGUUUUGACCCGUGACAUCCCGAAGAUUUCUACUGAAUUACUGCCAUCUGUACCUCAGAUUCAGCCGAUUCAACCGGUUCUUCCAAUUCCACAAGGAUGUGCUAAACCAGAGCUUCGCCCAAUGCCUCUACCAGAAGUCGUCAUCCCUGAGCUUCGCCCAAUGCCUCUUCCAGAAGUUGUCAUCCCAGAGCUUCGUCCAUUGCCUUUGCCACAGAGGCCAGAGAUUGGUGUCCUCCCAAGUUUGCCAGAAUUCGAGCGUCCAACUCCAGAGAUCAUCACCCCAGAAAUCGUGAUCCCAGAGCUUCGCCCAAUGCCUCUUCCAGAAGUUGUGAUCCCAGAGCUUCGCCCAAUGCCUCUUCCAGAAGUCGUCAUCCCAGAGCUUCGUCCAUUGCCUUUGCCACAAAGGCCAGAGAUUGGUGUCCUCCCAAGUCUGCCAGAAUUCGAACGUCCAACUCCUGAAAUCAUCACUCCAGAAGUAGUGAUCCCUGAGCUUCGUCCAAUGCCUCUUCCAGAAGUUGUUAUUCCUGAGCUUCGUCCAUUGCCUUUGCCACAAAGGCCAGAGAUUGGUGUCCUCCCAAGUCUGCCAGAAUUCGAGCGUCCAACUCCUGAAAUCAUCACCCCAGAGAUUGUGAUUCCAGAGCUUCGCCCAAUGCCUCUUCCAGAAGUCGUUUUCCCACAAGAACCAGGAUGCAACAGGCCACAAACUCGUCCACUUCCACCAAAGCCACAGGUUCUCCCAACUCUUCCAAGACCACAAGUUCUUCCAGCUCUUCCAGAAUUGGAAAUCUCCACUGAACUGUUGCCACAACGUCCAGAACUUCGUCCAGCCGUUCCAGAAUUGGAAAUCUCCACUGAACUGUUGCCACUACGUCCAGAACUUCGUCCAGCCGUUCCAGAAUUGGAAAUCUCCACUGAACUGUUGCCACACAAGCCAGUUCGUCCAAUCCCACCAAUGGUCAUCCGUUAAAUGUAUCUUGUACUCUGACAUAAGAAAAAUGCAAUCACAAUAAAAAGCAAUACCUAAAAGAUAUCCGAAAA